AUGACAUCCCAUCGACGAAAAGUCUCUGGGGCCUCCGAGGCUGAUUUUUUCGAUAUCCCCGAUGAACCGAUUCUCGCCAUAGUCAAGCGCCAAAUAAGACGCAUUCGGACUUGGGCGUCCAUCUUCGUCUUUAUCCUUUUUAUCCUUUUUCUGCGACGCGAACCCGCUCCUCCUCCAGCUCUUCCGCACAUCAACUAUGACCUGGUCGAUUGGUCUAAGUACGCGUACACUCAAUAUGCCACCUCUAGUCCGUACCUAUGCAACGCGGUCAUGGUGUUUGAUGCGCUAGAGCGACUUGGAAGUCGAGCACAGCGAGUAUUAUACUAUCCAAAGAACUGGGAAGUACUUGUUGAAAGCGAUAACAGUCGGGACAGGGAAUUGCUCCAGCUGGCGAAGAUAAAAUACAAAGCGGUGCUGGUGCCGAUUGAGCUUGAGAUGAUCAAGCCGGAUGCAGGACCGGGCGAGGAAUGGGAGAAAAGCAUUUCGAAACUGCUCGCCUUCGCCGAAACUGAAUUCAAGCGCGUCAUCCACCUCGAUUCUGAUAUCCUCGUUCUGCAGACUAUGGACGAACUGUUUUUCCUCCCUCCCGCACCUGUCGCAAUGCCCCGCGCAUACUGGCUUCUACCCGGACAGAAAGUCCUCUCCUCCCUCCUCGUCGUGAUCGAGCCUUCGUACCGCCGAUACAAAGCUCUCGUGGAUGCCGCCCUUGGCAUUGAGAGUAGUGAGGGCGAGAAUAAGCGGAUCAAAUACGACAUGGAGUUGCUGAAUGAAUUCUACGGCGAUUCGGCCAUGGUUCUGCCACACCGGCACUACGGGUUAAUAUCGGGCGAGUUCCGAUCGGAAAACCACACCAUAUUCCUCGGAAGCGAUGAUGAAGUUUGGGAUCCUGAUAAGGUCAUUGCAGACGCCAAGUUCGUGCAUUUUUCAGACUGGCCAUUGCCGAAGCCCUGGGUUAUGUGGCCACAUCAGAUGCUUGCGGACAUUCUCCCAAAGUGCAAGGUCAAUCCAGGUUCGCUGCAUGAGAGCGGGUGCCGUGAUCGGGAUGUAUGGAUGAAGCUUUAUGAUGAUUUCCGUAUCAAGCGAAGGGAUGUCUGCAAACUCCUCAGUUAUCCUGCGCCGAAUUGGCCCCCUGGUAAUGAACCGCCACCCGGGAAUGAUUCACCACCUGAGAAUGGCUCACCAUCUGCGAAUGACGCGCCGGCUGCGGAUCAAGCUUAG